AUGGAAAUACUUCACAGUGGAAAUACCACCACAGUAUUAUUUGAUGAAUGGGCCAACCGUAGCUUUGUUACUCAAGGGUUCGCCAACAAAUUACGCGCUAACGUUCAUUCAUCAGAAGUUCUCAAUCUCAAGGCGUUUAGCAACCCGCGUACCGGAUAUAAAACCAUCCCACGUACUACAUUGAAUUUACAUAAACGUGAUGGUACCACCACUCCUAUUGACUUGCUUUACGUCAAUGAAAUAUCCGAUGAUCUAACUAAUAAUGUCACCGCUGACAUUUUGCAACUGCCGUACCUUCGAGAAUUGGAACUGGCACAUCCUAUUUCAAGCGAACCAACGAUAACAAUCGAUAUUCUCAUAGUAGUAGACAAAUACUGGGAUUUCGUUGGUGACCACAUAAUCUGUGGUCCAGGGCCUACAGCUGUUUCAUCGCCGUUCGGCUACCUGCUUUCCGGACCAACACCCACUGGUGAAGCUCGAUCAUCACAAGUGCAAACUUUCCACAUCACCGCGUUGCCUUCAACCCAGGACCAACUAGAAGCAAACGUUACAUCGUAUUGGGAUUUGGAAGCCAUCGGUAUACGUGACGCGAUAACCGCUUCGAACGAACUCACUAACAAUCAAGAGCAGUAUAAACAAUACAUUGAAAAUUGUUUAUCACAACAAGAUGGCAGAUUCAUCGCUAAACUACCAUGGAAGGCGAAUCACAACCCUCUGCCUACAAACUACAAGUCGACAAAGAAACGUACACGUAACAUGAUCCACAAAUUACCAUGUGACAUUGUCAGUAUUUACGAUAAGGUAAUUUCUGACCAACUAAAUCAUGGAUUCAUUGAAGAAGUCACCAACGACAACAUUUCCGUCGGACACUACCUGCCUCAUCGUUCGGUAAAACGUAACAGUGCCACCACACCAAUACAUGUAGUAUAUGACUGCAGCGCCGCGACCGGAAACGAACAACCAAGUCUCAAUGACUGCCUAAUCAUCGGUCCUCCGCUUCUAAAUAACUUGACUUCAAUACUACUGAGAGUCAGAUCGAACCCUAUCGCAUUAACUGCCGAUAUAGAAAAGGCAUUUCUGCAAAUACGAACACGAUCCCCAUUCAUCCUCAAUGCUGCCAUCAAAACACUUACGGAUGACAACAUUGAGAUUUCAGCUGCAUGCAAUCUCCAACAAAACAUUUACUUGGAUGAUGUAAUCACUGGUUGUAAUAGUUCAGAUGACGCUGCUCAAUUCUAUAAAGAAUCAACGGACCUCCUCGCUACACGUCAUUUUAAUUUACGUUCUUGGAGCACCAAUGAUCCAACUCUACGGGAUGCCAUAACCAGUAGCCAUCGAGCGAGCUCAACAACCCAUGUCAACAUUCUCGGACUGAAUUGGAAUUCGAAAACUGACCAGCUCAACGUAAAAUCACUUGAACCACCGAACUUUGGUCCGCUCACAUCGAAACGUGACGUUGUUGGUUAUGCCGCCAGCCUCUACGACUCGCUUGGCACCAGUACACGUAAAAGACAAAUUAUUGAUCCAACAAUUAUGGAAAUCAAACCAUAG